GUAGUUCUAUGUGAUGAACGUCAACGAGAGCUUGAAAGGCAGAACUUCGUUUUCUAAAUGCGUGUCCGGCAAAGGUUUAGUUUUUCCCCAGAUAAGAGUUUAAAUUAACAUUAUUACUGUGAUUAUAGUCUAUGUCGUGCCUCGGGAGAGGAAACUGUCCAUACUUGCUCACAUCAUAGGCGGUGAAAUCUUUGUUUCGUUUCAGUAACGAUAUCAUCUUUCGGAUAUAACACAAGCAAAUGCCGUCAUGUUGGGAUAUCUAAUUUUUGCCCUCUUUCAAGCACCAUAUCUUUGUGUGUUUGCUGAUGUUAAGGAAUACGAUUCUGUAUUUGUAUCUAUGCAUGUGGAUAGAAUACACAGACGAGUGAGCGACCACUUUCUGUCGGUAGCGAUAGAUGCCAGCCUAGUUGCCGAAGAGAAGUACAUGUACCUUUUGAGCUCUCCGAAACUCAGGACUUUAGCAAAAGCACUGAGCCCAGCGUUUCUACGAUUUGGUGGAACGAAACAAGAUUUCAUGAUAUUCGCUCCUGAAAACGAUUUAUUAAAACCAAGGGACUUCCCGAACACUUCACCAUUUCAUGAAGAGGACAUAUGUGCGAGACUGGAGUUACCUCCCCUCCUGGAGGACAGGCUGAAGAGAGAAUGGGCCAAACAAGAAGUCCUCCUUCAGAAAGAGGAAAUGGAGGGUGUCAUUAAGAGAGUCAAGUUCUCAGAGUAUGCUGUGGACCUGCUCUACACCUUUGCAAACUGCUCUGGGCUCGAGCUGAUCUUUGGGUUGAACGCGCUUCUCAGAACACAUGGGAAUGUCUGGGACAGCAGGAAUGCUGAGAAGCUCCUGAGCUAUUGUGAAUCCAAGCAGUACAACAUGUCCUGGGAACUGGGGAAUGAGCCUAACAGUUAUGAGAAGAAGGCAGGUUUCAGAGUUGAUGGGUACCAGCUGGGCCAGGACUUUGUCCACCUGCGUACGAUCCUCCAGGAGUCCAAGUUAUACCAAAUGGCCAAGCUCUAUGGGCCCGACAUCGGCCAGCCCAGAGACCACCGGAGAGACUUGUUGGAAGGGUUUUUGAAGAGUGGUGCAAAGGCCAUAGAUGCAUGUACCUGGCACCACUACUAUGUCAAUGGAAGGGACACUUCAUUAGAAGAUUUCCUGGACCCUGAAGUAUUGGACACCUUGGCUACAAAAACAAACGAAGUCCUUCAGACCACUGAGCAGGUGUCCCCUGGCAUGAAGGUGUGGCUGGGGGAGACCAGCUCGGCGUACGGCGGGGGUGCCCUCGGGCUGUCGGACACGUUCGUCGCCGGGUUCAUGUGGCUAGAUAAACUGGGCCUUGCUGCUAAACUGGGCCUGGACGUUAUCAUCAGGCAGGUCCUGCUUGGUUCUGGAACAUACCAUCUGGUGGAUUCAAACCUAGACCCACUUCCUGAUUAUUGGCUGUCAGUCCUGUACAAGAGGCUGGUUGGACCAGAGGUGCUGAAUGCAGAAGCUUUCGCGCCUCACGGGGCAAAGAAACGAAGACUGCGCACAUACCUUCACUGCACUAACAAGCGAGCCCCAAAUGCCAGGAGAGGCGCUGUCACCUUGUUUGCGCUGAAUCUGAGUGGCAGCCCAGCCAGACUGUCUUUGCCCCCCCAUCUUUCAAACAGCUCCGUGGUGGCCUUUGUGUUGGAGGCCGGGGAGACAGGAUACCAAGGGCUGUACUCCAGGUCUGUCCAGCUGAACGGGGAGGUGCUGAAACUGGUGGACGACAGAACCCUGCCCUCCCUCCAGGGGGCACCCCUCCCCCCCAGGGACCAUCUCAAACUCCCCUCAUUCUCCUUCACCUUCUAUGUCCUGAAGGAUGCCAACGCACAGGCAUGCAGAUGAGUGUUCGAGAGCUUUUGACUGGUGUAAUCCACCAACAUCAACAGAGAAACGGUUUCCGGAGUACCACAAGAGCCUAGAGGGGCCACAAACAGUUAAUUUAUAAAGUGACGACUGCCUAAUUUAUAAAGUGAAGAAGAUUUCUUUUGUUAAGUGAAUCCAUUUCAUGUUCAAAUGCUGAUGAAUAUGUGUGCUUGAGUGUAAAACUCAAGUAAAUUUAGAAAUUAAAAUAUUGAAUAUAUUUAAAGGGAAUUUUGCAUAUAUUCCCCAAAAAUGAAUAAACCAAAGCUUUUAUAUUACAUCAUAUGUUCUAACAUUCCUACUUGACCAAAAUCUGUCUUCAGUUUUAUAUAAUUUGCAUUUGAAAAAUCUAAGAUCUAAUAUCAAAUCUGUUCAUGGAAUUUUUAUUACUUGAGAGAGUUUUUUUGCAUGUAGACCAACACCUUUCACUGGCCUGACCUUGCCACGUAAGACUGGAUAUUUUUUUAUUCUUAACUUGAUUAAAUCAUCAAAAUGCACAUUUGUCUUACAAGACUUUGCACAAUGGGUAAAUGUGAUAUGUACAAUAUUUGUUUUGCGUUUUAUACUUCAGCUGUAAUGUGCAAGAAAAGGACAGCAUUUCAAGGAUGUAUAUGUAUGAUUAAUUUAUAAUGGUAAAAUAUUGGCAAUGUUUUAUGUAUUAGAAGCAUUGCUUAUUAAUGUUGCAGUAAACAUGAUGUGGAGUAUAAUGAAUAACUAAUUUAGUCAUAAAUGGAUGGGAAAUGGCAAUAUCUUCAAAUAGAUUCAUUUAUGAAACACUGUGAAGUGAGCAAUGUACCUGUAAAUUAUGAUUGUUUUGAUUCACCAGAAUGUUUUUUACACUACAUUUUAUGGUGAUGAUAAAAUGUGUUGUAUGUACAUAAUAGUUUGUGUGGGAAAAUAAAUUCACAGAUGUUUUAAAGUC